UCUCUCUUUUGCCACCUCUCCCCACCGCUCUCUCUCUUCAUCCAGUGUCCUUCUUUCUCCCAAAUUUCUAGGGUUUCUCCAUUUCCGGAACUCCUCUCCUCAAACUCUAAAUCCUAAGAGAUUAGGAAGAGAAGAGAGGGAGGAUAGAUGUAUCUCCGUCUCCUUCUUUUCUACUCCCUCUUACUCCCUUCCGCCCUCGGCCAUAUCCCUUCUUCCUUCUCUCACGACGUCCGCUGCCUCCUCGAGUUCAAGAAGGGCAUCGUCUCCGACCCCUCCGGCCUUGUCCUCUCCUCCUGGACUCCGCCUCGGCCGCCGGAAUCCAACUACAGCGGCGCCUCAGCCCCCGCCUGCCCCUCCUCCUGGCACGGCGUUUCCUGCGACGCCUCCGGCACCGCCGUCACCGCCGUCUCCCUCGAUGACCUCGGCCUCGGAGGGGAGAUCAAGUUCGCCGCCCUCGCCGGCAUGCGCUUGCUCGGCGACCUCUCCCUCUCCGGGAACUUCCUCACCGGCCGCCUCGUCCCCGCCCUCGGCUCCCUCUCCUCCCUCCAGCGCUUGGACCUCUCCGGCAACCUGUUCUACGGCCCGAUCUCCGGACGCAUCGCCGAGCUCUGGAACCUGCAACAUCUGAACCUCUCUUGCAAUGCCUUCUCUGGGGUCUUCCCUACUGGGUUUCAGAAUCUCCCGGGGCUGAAGGAGCUGGACUUGAGAUCCAAUGGCCUCAGCGGUCACAUUGGCUCGGUUCUUUCCGAGAUGAGGAAUGUGGAGUACCUGGAUUUGAGUGGCAAUGAGUUCUACGGAGGGCUUCUCAUGGAAUCGGGGAACCUCUCUAGCCUGGCGAACGCAGUUAAAUAUGCUAACUUGAGCUCUAAUAAGCUCAAUGGAAGCUUCUUUUCCAGUGAUUCAUUGCGGUUGUUUAGGAACUUGGAAGUUUUAGAUGUGGGUAACAAUCAGCUCUCUGGGGAGCUUCCCUCGUUUGAUUCCUUGCGCAAUUUGAAAACUUUGAGGGCGGGGAGGAAUCAGCUUUCUGGAUUAAUUCCAGAAGAGCUCUUUGGGAGUACAAUGCCAUUGACAGAGCUUGAUCUCAGUGGAAAUAGAUUUACAGGUUAUGUUCGAACCAUUAAUUCAACAACCUUGAAAGUUCUAAAUCUGUCUUUAAAUGCACUAUCAGGUCCAUUACCCUCUAAUCUAGGGAGCUGCGUCUCAGUGGAUUUGAGUAAAAAUAUACUAUCCAGUGAUCUGUCAGUGAUGCAGCACUGGGGAGAGUCAUUGGAGAUUGUUGACUUGAGUUCAAAUGCACUGUCAGGAAGCAUUCCGAAUGAUAUUCCUCUAUGCAGGUCUCUUAUAUCCAUCAAGAUUAGUAAUAAUUCAUUAGCAGGCUCCCUUCCUUCUGUACUAGGAAGCUGCCCGAAGUUAUCUGAUGUUGAUCUUAGUUUAAAUAAGUUCACUGGACCUAUUUUGCCAAGCCUUUUUAUGUCAUCAACAAGUAUGAAUCUUUCUGUAGAUCAGUUUACAGGACCAUUUCCACUUCAAGGGCCACAUUCAAUUGAGUCACUAGUUCUACCUUCUUAUAACCAUCUUGAGAGUCUUGAUUUAUCUGAUAACCAGUUAAGCGGUUCCUUGCCUCCAGAAAUUGGUAGUUUGCAAAGACUUAAGUUGCUUGAUCUUGGAAGAAAUGCCUUAUCUGGAGAGCUUCCUAGUGAGAUUGGUGAGCUGGAUGGGUUGGAAUUUCUUGACCUAUCCGUUAAUCAUUUUAAGGGUAGGAUCCCAGAAAUGCCUCAGCGAAGCCUAGAGGUAUUCAAUAUUUCUUACAAUGAUUUAUCAGGCCCUGUUCCUCAAAACUUGCAGAGGUUUCCACGUAGUUCAUUUCAUCCUGGGAAUGCUUUUUUAAUCUUGCCAGAUGAUACAGAUGCAUUGGAAGACAACACCAGAUCUGCCCAACACAGUCGUUUCAGGACCAGUAUCUGGGCUGCAAUUAUUGUUUGCUCUUUUGGGGCAGUUAUGUUGAUUGUCGUUGUAUUAUUGGCAGCUCAAAAGAUGUGGUUUAAAGAAUACUGUGGGAAAAAUGAAUUCAAAGGCCCUGCAAUUAUAAGGGAUGCAAAUCCAUUGAGAUUUGAUCUUCAUUACACCCAUAAUUCUGAAGCAAAAGAUUCUUUACCUGUUCCUAUUAGUUUCUCAUGUAAACAUCUAUUGGCAUCAUCUUCCAGAUCAACAUCUAGACAAGGAGACUUAGUAACUAAUACUGCAGAAUGUAGCUAUUCCAAAUAUGGAAGUGAUUCAGCAUUUCUGGAGCUUGGCGAGUUAAAAAAUUUCCCGUCAACUAUUGAGUAUAAAUCUUCUUUGGGAUUGCCAUUACCAUCUGCACCUCAUUAUAUUGACUCACAUUUAACUGAGCAACCUGCAGUGUGGCAUGUAGGUUCACCAGAUAGACUUGUUGGUGAAUUGUUUUUCUUCGAUGACUCUUUAGUAUUCACGGCUGAUGAGUUAUCUCGUGCCCCAGCUGAAAUUCUUGGUAGAGGCAGUUUUGGCACUAAAUAUAAAGCAAUACUAGAUUGUGGUCAUGUAUUAACUAUCAGAUUAUUGCACUCUGGUCUUCUGAAACAGCAAAAGGAGUUUGCAAGGGAAGCAAAAAGAAUAGGAACCAUUGGACAUCCAAACAUCAUUUCAGUGAGGGGCUACUGUUGGGGGCCAACAGAGCAAGGAAGGUUGAUCAUAGCUGAUUAUGCUAAUGGAUAUAGCUUGGCAGAUUAUCUUUAUGAAUCAACACCAGGAAGAUACUCCCAGGUGUCAGUGAGUCAAAGGCUAAAAAUUGCAAUUGAUGUAGCCCAGUGUUUGUAUUACCUUCAUGAUCGUGGCCUGCCUCAUGGCAAUCUAAAGCCAUCAAACAUAGUCCUGAAACAACCUGACCUCACUGCACAGCUGACAGAUUUUAGCCUUCACUGUCUUAUGGCACGAAGAGGCACUGCUCAACAGAUGUUAAACUCAAGAGCGCUUGGAUAUCAGGCACCUGAAUUGACGACAGCAAGCAAUCCAUGCCCAUCACUUAAGGCUGACAUAUAUGCAUUUGGGGUUAUAUUAAUGGAGCUUCUAACCAGAAGAAGUGCCAGUGAUAUAAUCUCUGGCCGAGUAGGUGCAGUCGAUCUUACAGAUUGGAUUCAGCAGUAUGUCAGACAGGGAAGGGCAGGUGAAUGCUUUGACAAAGACAUCGCCGAUGGAGAAGCAGCGACGAAGGUGAUGGAGGAAUUGCUAGCUGUGUCUCUUAGGUGUAUUCUGCCAGUAAAAGAGAGACCUAACAUUAAAACAGUGAUCGAAGAUCUCCAAUCAAUCGCAAUUUGAGAUUUUUGUACAGGCAACUGAAAUUUAAACAUGCGGUUCUUUUUUUUAAAAAAAAAUCUUUACUAGGUUUCGAAGGCUUCCAGUCAGGAUUAAUGUUCAUAGCUAGUAUGGAAAUGUUGAUCCAUUAAUUGAUUGAUUUUUUUUUUUUUUGAAAAUGUCGGUUGAGUUGAGAGGAAAAUUUGAUUGCUCAUAUAAACCCGGUUCAUUGGGAUAUGUUGCUUAGCUUUCAAUACUGUUUUGGCUCUGAAUUUCUUACA